UUCAGAUUGAAGCCUUAAAGAGAAGGCUAAUCUCGAAGAAACUCAUUCGAAAUGAUAACGAGAUUAAUGACUUAUUUGAAGAACCCUGUCAGAGUGCUGGAUCAUUGAGUGAAAGUAGAGAUGAGAAAAGUUCACCAAAAAUUGACAAAAGGAAACGCCGAACUCACAGACGAAUUAUAUCCUUUAAUUCGUGUCGCUCCAGAUCUGUCUCACCUUUUGGUCACAAGAGACGAUCACAAGAAAAAAGAAAUGGACUCCUCCAAAGAUAUUAAACAAAUCAGAGAUUCCUCAUCCCUCACAGUGUCUCCUAAACGUGCAGAUGCUCCUCAACUCAUCAAUACUGAGCCCGAAUCUCGUUCUCCAAAACGUCCAGAUUAUUCUAGCCGAGGAAAAAAUGUGCAGCCUUCAUUAAAAAUGAAAAAAGCCCAUAAAGAACAUACUCAAAAGGUUCAAAGAAAUUUCCGAAGUUCUUCCAUGAUUACCACGACACCAUCAAUGCAGCUAAUAGGCAAUGAAAUUAGUUUUCACAAUGACGUCAGGAAAGAGUUUAGAGACAUAAAGUUGGCAAUUGGACAACUAAAGUCACAAAUGCUUCGACUUUUGCAAGCUUUCGACAACAUCAAGGAGCGUUUGAAUCAACAACCACUAAUCCGGUGGUCGAUCUUGAAGAUUAUCGCUGCAAGACUUUCGUCGAAUUUCAGGUCCAAGACUUUGAAAACAAGUUGA